AUGUUCAGCGAGUACAACCAGCUGGCGUCUAGGAACACCGCCCAGAUGCCAAUCACCCGCUUCACCAUGCCCCGUGUUCCCAAGAUGAUUGAAGCCAUCUGCCCUGGCUGCUUCAAAGGGUUCACCAAGAUAGGCAGCAUGCACCGCCACGUUUAUGAGGACCGAUGCCCCCACCCGAUACCACAAUUCGUCGCCAAGGUUAAGGCCGAGCACAGAGCACGGGUUGCCGCCGCCGCUGCCCGGUCCAAGGCUCGCGAGGCAGCCCGUGCUUCACGGGCUGACCCGCUUCCCGCCGCCACGACCCCGGCCGUGAGGGAUUGCCCUAGUUGGGCAAGGGAAGACAGCAUGGGUCGAAGCCCGGGCUUUUUGCAGGAUGAUUGCGGCUCGCACUUUGCUCAGCAGAGAGACUUGGGGAUGGACAAGACUGACGUUGAGAAGCUGCCACUGCAACAACAGAAUGACUCCUGUCCUGUGAUGAUCAAGACUGAACCAGAUCUUUCGGGCUUCGACUUCAAGAGUCUCAUCACCAGCUGGGAUUUGGGCAUCGACAUCAAAACCGAGUCUCAGUGGCUUUGA